GGUUAGAAAAUAGACACCGAAAAUGUCUGAAGUGAUAGAAAUGAUAUUGAUUCUGAUAAUUGUCACGCUGUGUUUCCUGAUGAUACCGUUUAACCUUCAGCCGAACGCAGUUAUCGAAGCACGUAAAAAGUUUGAUUUGUUUAUACGGCUGUACGACAAACCUUAUCGAUACAACGUGCGCGAAUACGAGCAUCGGUUCCAAAUUUUCCGCGCAUCGUUGAAUAAGAUCGCAUCGCUGAAUCUUCGACGUGUAGAGAAUGAUACUGCUAUCUAUGGUAUUACACAAUAUGCAGAUCUGACGGAUCAGGAAUUUUUGUUCAUGAAUCUGGCAGAUUUGAAACACGGCCUGAUUCCGGGAAUAACAAUAAAAGAGGGUGUGAAUCCAAUGGACAAGUUUAUUAUAGAUUCAAAGAGUGCCGAAAUGAAAGAUAAUAUUAUCUUCUCUAGAGCCAAACGAUCACUUAAAAUACCGAACUAUCUCCCUAAGGUUGUAGAUUGGCGAUUGAAGAACGUCAUUCCAUCGUUGAAGUCGCAAGGAAAUUGUGGCGCUUGUUGGGCUAUCAGCGUGGUAGACACCAUUGCGUCGCUAUCGGCCAUAAAGAAAGGAUCGAAAAAUGUCACUGAGUUGUGUACCGAACAAAUAGUGGACUGUGCCGAAAAUGGAAAUUAUGGCUGUGAUGGCGGUGAUACUUGUCGCCUGCUGGAGUGGCUACAAAACGAACAGAUCAGGCUAAACACGUUGCAGGACUGUGAAUCUAGACAUUUGUCGAAUGGAAUUAAAGAUAGAUGCAAGUUUCCCGAAGCGAACAAAGGGGAUUUCAUGACGGUGGAUCGGUAUUCCUGUGUAAACUUGGUCAACCGUGAGCACCUGAUGCUACGGUAUAUAGCCACCCAUGGUCCGAUUGUGGCAGCCGUCAAUGCCCUGUCCUGGCAGUACUAUCUUGGCGGCGUGGUGCAGUACCACUGCGAUGGUGAUUACGAGGACCUCAACCAUGCCGUCGAAAUUGUUGGAUACAAUUUGGAAGGAAGCAUACCGUACUACUGGGUGAAGAAUUCGUGGGGACCGAACUUCGGUGACCAUGGGUACAUCAAGAUCGAAGUCGGCAAGAACCUGUGCGGUAUUGCGAAUCGGGUUUCUUUCAUUGAGUUGGCAUAAAAAUGAAUAAACGAACAAACCGAAGUCGAAAUUGCUUAAUUAUUGUGUCGCUGCUUUUUAUUUAGAAUUUUACAGUUUCCUCUGUUGUUAUGGUUGUAUAAUAUUUUCCCAAA